GUUGUUACUCAUGGAUACAACCACGGAGGUCGAGCAGAGGCAACUGCAGUUCAAUUGAAUUCAUUGACAAGGGAAUAGGGUUGGCAUUUCACGCGUCAAUGUUUACUCCCGUUCACACCUCCUUGGGAGCCCUGUUGCUCUUCCAAGGGUCAACCGGUCUCCUGGUUCACAAUGGUGCCGUCUUUGGCAUCUCCUCCCUGCUGUCCGGGUGUGUUUUCAAUCCGAGUCGAGACAAUGUGCCGAUCAUCGCGGGUCUGGUGUCCAGCGUGGUGCCCGUUCUGUUCUUCAGUCCUUCAUUGAUCCCAUCAUAUCCGUCGACACCGAGCUCGUGGACGUCACUGGUUUCCACGCUGGGAACCGGGUUUUUGCUGGGAUGGGGAACAAAGAAUGGAAGGGGUUGCACGUCAGGCCACAUGCUUUGUGGCUUGUCUCGUCUGUCGCCGCGCUCCCUGAUCGCAACCGUCAUAUUUUUCACCACCGCUCUCCUCACGUCCAACCUGGCUUCUGGAGGCCAGAACAUUCCUGCUUGCGCCGAUGGAAUGCCAUGCUACCUGCCUGUAUACCCCACGGUCUCGGAGCUUGUCUUCAUGGCUAGCACAGUCGUACUCACGUCCAUUGCCAACAUGUUCGUCGUGCCGAAAUUAUUGCAUCGCUCAGAAAUAUCCAAGUCGAUGUUCGCAUACUUGGCCGGUCUGCAGUUUGGCAUGGGCCUGUUCUUCUCGGGAAUGGCAGAUCCGGCCAAGGUUCUGCGCUUUUUCGCUUUCGUGACUGAUCCUUCUCGAUUUGACCCUUCGUUGGCUCUCGUUGUUCUCCUUGGAAUCGGUCCGUCCGUCGUGGUUCACCAGUUGGUUAAACCUGGUCAGAAAUUGGAUAAAAAUACAGAUAAGCCUGCCAGGCCUACCCUAGCGGAGACUUGGCGUCUUCCCACCGCCACCGUCUCAGACAUUGAUUGGCGCUUUGUCACUGGUGCGGCGGCUUUUGGGUUAGCUUGGGGGCUACGAGGAGUGUGUCCAGGGCCGGCAAUCCUGCGCUCAAUAUUGCAGCCAGUCUGGGGCCUUGCCGAGAUGACUGGGUAUAUGCUAGGGAAUCUAGUGUAG